AUGCGUUCAAUAUUUUUACCUAUUCUGACCUUCGCAGCCCAUGUCGCUGCACAGGCAGAAAAUACGUAUACCGCAACGGCAACUGACGACGUUGAAAAGGCUAGAGCUACGGCAAAGACUUUGAGUCCUACUAGUCAUGUCCAAGGGAAAGCCUUCAACCGGCUAGCUAUCAUAUGGCUUGAAAACACAGACUAUGACAUGGCAAUUGGUGAUCCCAACUUGGCAUGGGUAGCCAAGCAAGGCAUAACGCUUUCCAACUACCACGCCGUCACGCACCCUUCACAACCCAACUACAUGGCGUCUAUUGGGGGUGACUACCUAGGCAUGCAACACGAUGAAUUCACCCAGGUAGACAAGAACGUAUCGACAGUGAUCGACCUACUUGAGGACAAGGGGAUUUCGUGGGGGCAUUACCAGGAGGACAUGCCGUAUAGUGGCUUUGAGGGCAUGGCGUACGUCAACCAGAAGAAUGGCAAGAAUGAUUAUGUCCGGAAGCACAACCCGGCCGUCUCUUAUAACGCGAAUGCCGGCAUCAUUGAUCGACUUGCUGUCAUCAAGAAUUUGACUACAUUUUACAAGGACCUCGAAGCCGAGACGCUCCCGCAGUGGAUGUUCAUAACGCCGAACAUGACCAGCGACGGCCACGACACCUCCGUGACCGUUGCCGGCACGUGGACCCGCACCUUCCUCGAGCCUCUCCUCAAAGACAAGCGCUUCAUGCAGAACACCUUGGUCCUAGUCACCUUCGACGAGAACGAGACCUACACGAUCCAGAACCGGAUCCUCGCCGUCCUCCUCGGUGACGCUGUCCCGGCUAACCUCGUCGGCACCACCGACAACAGCUACUACAGCCACUACAGCGAGAUCGCCACCGCCGAGGCCAACUGGGACCUGCACACCCUCGGCCGCUUCGACGUCGGCGCCAACGUCUUCAAGCUCGUCGCCGACAAGACGGGCGAUACCGUGCGCCCCUGGUCCGGCGACGUCCCCCUCAAGGACAUGUACUUCAACUCUUCCUACGCCGGCCCCCUGAACGACGACAAGGGCGGCAACAAGCGGUACCCCGCCCCCAACGUGGCGCUCGACGGCUGCGGCCUGCACAGUCGCACCGUGCUGCCCGCGAUCAAGAAGGCCUGGAAGGGGAGCAAGGCGCCCGUGUAUUACACCUCUAGCCUCGAGACCCCUGAUGGACAACAUCCGCCUAAAGGGUACGCGCCAAGUGAUUAG